CCUCUGACGCCCAUCAGUCAUGGACGCUCUGCACGCGCUUAUCGAACAGCAUCCCCUCCUUGAAUGGCCUGUAAAAUUCUGUCUGGGAGUCACUGCGACAACUUACAUUCUAUCGCUCGUGACGGGCAACGUUUCCCAGGUGGAUAGAGUGUGGACGAUCCUCCCGGCCAUCUACAUUGCUUACUAUGUUCUUCUACCACUCUGGCCGCCGUCAGCACCGGUAUACUUCUAUCCCUGCGCACCGGAUUCAAUCCAAAAGUCGAUUUCUGGCAGUUUCAGUCCUCGCGCUCUUCUGAUGCUGGUGUUGGUGCUUACAUGGAUGUGCAGGUUGUCUUACAAUACAUGGCGUCGUGGUCUAUUCAGCUUCAAGGAGGAAGAUUAUCGCUGGGAAGUAUUCCGUCGGCAGGUCCCUCUUUGGCUCUUCCAAGUUUUUAACCUCACGUUCAUCGCCAUCGCACAGAACAUUCUCCUCCUCCUUUUGGGCACUCCUGCAAUGAUGGCUGUGUCUCAACCUCACACUCGUCUGACUACACCCGACUACAUCCUCGCCUUUCUUGGCUUUGCUACGCUUUUCGUGGAGUUCGUCGCCGACAAUCAACAAUACUCGUUCCAGACAUUUAAGCGGUCCGGUGUCUUGGCAAAGAACGACUGGUUCGGGGCACGCAUUCCAUGGACAAAACGUGAUGUGGAAAGGGGUUUUGCCACCAGGGGCCUUUGGGCAUGGUCCAGGCACCCCAACUUCCUUUGCGAGCAGCUAUUUUGGAUCAUUAUCAACCUUCUCCCACUCCUAUCUCCCGAUGCACCAUCAGCUUCUACAGGUGCCGUGGUCAGAUUGGCUCCUUGUCUCUUGCUUUGUUCGCUCUUUUUUGCAUCGACAAAGUUCACCGAGUCCAUUUCGCUGUCAAAGUAUCCUGUCGCAUAUGCAGCAUAUCAACAACGUGUUGGGAUGUUUGACCCGCUUCAAACACCGAUACGUGGUGUAUUGUUGAAGAUGCAGGGCAGGAAAGCAGAAGUAGAUGAACUAGUGUAUGGGCAGGGCACUGGAAAAGCGAAAAAGGUUGAAUGAGCAUCAGCAACGUUUUGUAUGUGUGUAAUUGCUAGGUCGUAGGUCUGUAUACACGGCGUGGUUCUCCUAAUUCUUGACUUGACUUGUGUCAUGCG